AUGACACGCCAGAAGACUACUCUUGCCUCCAAGCUGCUCAGUCAAACCCAAGAUGCCAGACAACAUCUACAGCACACUCAUAAAUCUCCAAGACGCAACACCGAGAGUCUUAACGGGUCGCUAAGUCGAGCUCAAGGAAUUGCAUCCAGUAUUCUCAACAUGAGUGCCUCUGAUCUGGAUGAGUUUAUGGCCAGCAGUGAGGAGGAUAUGCAAAAUGAGAACCAACAAGAGAUAACAGACAGAAAGAAAGAUGAGCGAUGGAGUUGUCAGGUGCAGACUCUUCUUUCCUCAAAGGUCCCAAGUAGUGAGAAACUUCUGGUUCUGUUUCUUGGAAAGCUGGAAGAAAGAGACAGACUUCUUGGUGGUGUGGAUCCUGCAUCUACGUAGCUGUUGUGACUUGUCUUGGAAAGCUGGAAGAAAGAGACAGACUUCUUGGCGGUGUGGAUCCUGCAUCUAUGUAGUUGUGACUUGCCUUUGAAGUGAAAAAAGUAAGACUUCAACUUCUCAUUGUGCCGAUCUUGUUAACUUGUGGUAUGCCAAUCCUGCUUGUAUGAAGCCAAUAAUCAGUUCACUAUUGGGGUGAAAAGCAAGAAGGAAAACUAUUUUCUUGCCUUUUGCUUUGCUAAUAGUCAGCAGGGUCGAUGAAAUAGAAAUUCUGCUAAUGGCCGCUCCAUAAGCAGAAAAUAUCUGCUUACAGGCUUUUUGAACUUAGGUCUUGAUAAUGAAAUAGUCAGCACCGCAAUCAAAGAGUCAACAGUUUGUCUCUCAUCACACCAAAACAUCACAAAUCUGUUAAAAAGAACGUUUAGGAUAGAACAAUGGGUGACACCAAGUUGUUUAAAUUGUUCAGCACCUUUGUUAAUGUUUCAAGUAUAAAAUGAAAUGUAGCCCACCCAUUUUGAGGACAUUUUGUCUGUUGUUUUAAUGAUACAAAAAACGGAUCCUUGAAACCGGAAUUAGACUUUAUAAACAACCUUUGCUACCUGUAAAUAAUAGUGUUUAUAUCAUGUGUCAGUUGAUGUCAAACCUGUUUAAAUUGUCUGAAUUUGUUAUGUCUUUAUUUGUGGGGUGUCUGUAGGCAGUAGGAGCAAAGAAUGACAAGACUGUAUUGCUUAACUAGUAAAAUGAUUAGUAGUGGAAUUUAUCAUUUGAUCAUAAACUUGUUAGACCUUGGACAGUGAGUUAUGACAUUUUCUUUUUCCAAGUAGACUAUGCAUGGGUAAUUUUGGUGCUUUCUGGAGAAGUGAUUAGGAAUUGCACUUGUUUGCUAGAAAUUAAAACUAUGCAUGAUGUUAAGAAGUGGGGUUUAAAACUUACAGGAGCUAGCCCAGAAAUUUUGCAUGUUGAUAAGGAAUCAAAGAAUGAUAAACACAAGGACAUAAUUCGGUUGUAAGCAGGGCCUUCUCUUGCCAAACUUUUGUUGUAUUCCAUCUGUAAAUUCUUAACCUCUUUUAUUGUACAUGUAUGAAGUAUUAAUUUUAAUUGAGUCUAGAGUUUAAAUUAUAAUGGAAAGGUGCUGUUUUUUAAUGGGUGGCGUAAGUUAGCCCUCAAGGCUUGGGAGAUUGCAUCCAAAUUUAACUAUUGGAAUUUGUUCUAAUAAUAUGUUUGAUUUAUAAUUUUGACAGAACUUUUUAAUUGUAGAUUCACUGUUGGUCAAAAACAUGAAGCCCUGAUAAUGGUUGGGUGUGCACAUUAUUGAUAUAUGGUUGAACAUAAGAAUAUUCACAGAUGCUUGUACAAAACUAACCUGGUAUAAAGUUGGUCUCGGUAAAAAAAACGUCACUUGAAAUAUUAUCCCCUGAAAUACCUUCAUUAGAAUUCAGAAACGAGUAAAACAAUUUACUUUGAUUUCAGUCCAAACCCAUGUUUAAAAACAAAAACUUUGUUUUUCCCACUAUUUUGCUAUGACUCAAAUGACUGACUUGGCUUAAACUACGUAUCACAGGUUUGUCAUUUCAUGUAUGUGGGUAGCCCAUGGUCUUUGACAUUUACCAAUGUUACUCAUGUUUUUAAGCUUCAGCUUAGUAAAUUGUUUGUAGUGUUUAAAAACUAAACUGUUUAUAUGUCAGGAUACGAGCUUGCUUCCAUGUAUCUGUAUUGUGUCAUCUUUAAUGGAUGAUGGAUGACAAACAUGUAGGCUACAUGUAACUAUAUUGGCACCUUUGCCAAAGAGGCGUUAUGUACCUAAUGGGCACAGAUCCAGGCGUGAAACAGGAGGGGAAACCAAAUUGGAUUGCAAGCAAACAGUGGAUUCUUUGCUAUUACCCAGAACCUCCACCAUUCAUCAAACCAGGGCGCUUUUUGACAAAAUCUCUACUCAUUUCUCCCUGGGAGGGGGGGGGGGGACACAGACUCUCCUGUCUCACCAAGGGUCCCAGGUUCUAAUCCCACUCUAUUGACUUGGCGUUGUUCACCCCAAAAUUUAAAGUCACCUGGAAGUGGUAUUUUUUCAAAAUAAAGCUUUUGUUACUGAUAUAUGUG